AUGGCACCGACCGUUGAAAUCGCCAUUCCAUCUACCUCACUCUCACCUACCUCACCCCCACACACCGUCUACCACAUUACCCUCCGGCUGCCGCUGCGCUCCUUCACCGUCUCCAAGCGCUACUCUGACUUCUCCGCCUUCCACACGACACUGACCAGCCAAACCAACGCACCCCCACCGGUCCCCCUUCCACCAAAAUCCUGGUUCGCCAAAACCGUUUCCAACGAGCGAUUCCGCGAAGAGCGGCGCCGCGGUCUAGAGCAGUACCUGCGCGCGAUCAACGACGCCAGCGACGGCCGCUGGCGCACCUCGUCCGCCUGGCGCGCAUUCCUGAACCUCCCGACGGCAGCGGUCUCAGGCUCGGCUUCCUCCAACGGCACAGCCAACACCAACACCACCUCCGCCCGCCUCCACGCCGCCAUCACCGACCCAGGCAACGCCUCCAACGCGCCCAUCUCCGACCCCACGCUAUGGCUCGACCACUACCGCGACAUGAAGGCGCACCUCCACGACGCGCGCCUGCAGCUCUCGCGUCGCGACCAAGAAACAACGCCACAGAAACAGCAUGAGAGCUCCGCGCAGGCAAAGAGCUGUCUCGUGCGCGCGGGGACCAUGAUCGCCGCCCUGGACGACGGCCUGAAGAAUCUCGGGCGCGGGGACUCAAAUUCUGCGUCUGCGCAAUCCUUGUCGACGCUGGGCGAUGGCGAGCUCCGUCGCCGGAAGGAUCUGCUCAUCAAUGCCCGCAAGGAAAAGGAUGGUCUGGAGGACCUGUUGCAUGCUAUGGCUGCCAAGACCCGGCUUGACCAUGCCGUGGCCUCUAUCCAGGAUAAAGAGGCUCUGCUUCGGCCUGGGCUUGGGAAUGGGAAUGGCGAUGCUGCUAGUGGUGGACGGAGAACCCCUGCGCGCUCUGGUAGAGUCCUCGGCAAGGAAACGGAACGCACGCGCGAGCUUGAUAAUGAGGGCGUGCUUCAGCUGCAGCGCCAGACUAUGCAGGAUCAGGAUAUGAGCGUUGACGAACUUAUGAAGAUUAUUACUCGCCAGAAGGAAUUGGGUACGGCCAUCAACGAGGAGUUGGAGGUGCAGAAUGAGUUGCUGAAGCUGGCCGAUGAAGAUACGGAUCGGUUGAAAGCAAAGCUCGAUGUUGGGAAGAAGAGGGUCAAUAAGAUCUCUUGA